UUAUUUUCAAUCUGCCAACAAAAAUGUUUAAAAUUUUCUGUUAACAACAAAAAAGAAUAAACAUAUUAAGGUUGCAUUAUAAGUAUUAUACACAAAAUUAUGGACGCAGAUAAAAAACCAGCAUGGGGACAGAAAUGCAGCAAAGGUUGUCUACUCCCGCUGCGCAUUGUUGCUACCAUAAUGGGUUUCUUUGCGUUAAUCUGCGCUUACACGAAUCGUGUAUCAAUGUCGCAUGUUAUCACAAAGCUGGUUGUAUCCAAAAAUCGAACGGAAACACAUACCGGCGUGUGUCCGCCGGAGAAGGUGUCCACGGAAGAAGCAGGAUACUUUACUCCAGGCACGUAUGAAUGGUCUGAGCAGCUACAGGGCUUAGUACUGGGUAGCUUUUACAUCGGCUAUCUAAUCACCCAUUUGCCCGGUGGCAUAUUGGCGGACGAAUUCGGCGCAAAGUGGGUCUUGGGCAUCAGCUUGUUAAUCUCCGGUCUGGCCACUGUUUUUUCCCCGAUUGCUCUUCAAUAUGGCCACGAAUGGGGAUUGAUGGCAAUGCGUAUUAUAAUGGGCGCGGCACAAGGACCCAUUUUCCCUGCUCUUACUACGCUCCUUUCUCAUUGGGUACCCGCCAAAGAGCGCGCCACAUUGGGAACCUUCUGUUACAGCGGAGUUACCGCCGGUACUGUGCUUAGCAACUUUUGCUCUGGAUUAAUGCUUCACAGCUUUCAUUGGUCGAUAACUCUCUAUGUUUUUGGCAGCGUAACUAUCCUCUGGUUUAUAUUCUUUCCCUUCAUGCGUUUAUUCCGACAGAUAUUGCUAUGCACUAGUUCCCCCUCCGGACAUCCAUGCAUCAAACCUAAGGAAAUGGAUUAUCUGGAAGAACUUAUACCAAAGAAAGCUGAUAAGUUACCGAUACCCUGGAAACAAAUGAUGCUUAGCAAGGCCAUGCUCGCUGUGAUCAUCAGCCAAAUAGGGCAUGACUGGGGAUACUAUGUGAUGAUAUCCUGCCUGCCCAAGUACAUGGCCGAUGUACUUCAGUUUUCCAUACGCUCCAACGGCAUUUUGACCGCCUUUCCCUUCCUUGCGAUGUGGGUCAGCUCACUUUUGUCUGGCUUUCUGGCCGAUUGGCUAAUAAGAUCAGGCAAAUUGUCAAUAAAUCUUGAAAGAAAGCUGUUUACGUUUAUUGGCGCCUUUUUCCCGGGACUGUUCAUGGUCAUAGCCUCGUACACCGGUUGUAAUAAGACCUUGGUUGUGGUGUCUUUUACCCUAUCGCUGUUCACCAUGGGUCCGUACUAUGCUGGCCAGAAACUGACGCCUUUGGACAUGUCACCUAGUUUUUCGGGCACUAUUAUGGCCAUUACUAAUGGGCUCGGCUCAUUUGCCGGCCUGUUUUCACCAUACAUUGUUGGUGUUAUGACACCUAACGCUACAAUGAAUGAAUGGCGUUGGGUAUUCUGGUUGGGACUUGUUAUUUUAGUAGUUUCUGCCAUCAUAUUUUGGAUCUGGGGCUCGGCUGAAGUGCAGCCCUACGAUCCAAGAGCCGAACAAAAAAAGGAGGGAUAGGCACCUGUGCUGCGUCGCCUAUAUCAAUAUCGCAUAUUUUUUCGGAAUUUACUUUAAGCUCGACGUUACUAAUAAGUACAUUUUUUUUUUUUUAUUUGUAAGCAUUUGUCAUAG